AUGUCCGGCCACGAAGUCGAAAAAGGCCCCAUUUCCAUCUCCGACCACCAUCUAGGCUAUACGAAAUCCUCCAAUGAAGAUGGCGCUGUCCGGCGGCGGAGUAGCGUUAUCAAUCCGGAAGUCCUGACGGGGGAGAUUUUUGAUGAUCGGUAUGAGUCUACGCAAAGAGGUCUCAAGAGCAGACAUGCGCAGAUGAUUGCUUUGGGGGGCACGAUCGGGACAGGAUUAUUCGUAGGCUCAGGUCAGACUCUGGCUCGUGGGGGACCAGCGUUCAUUCUCGGAACGUAUGCGCUCAUGUCGUUUUUGGUCUGGUGUAUUGUUACGGGAAUGGUGGAGUUGUCGGCGUGGCUUCCGACGAAGGGUUGUUCGAUGAAUAUGUUUGGGUGGAGGUAUGUUAGUAGGAGUCUUGGGUUCGCUAUGGGAUGGCUAUAUUUCUACUCCCUCGGGAUCUUGGUUCCGUACGAGAUUACAGCUGCGGGACUGGUUAUUGACUACUGGAGUCCGCCGGUCAAUAUCGCCGUGUGGAUCAGUAUCAUGAUUGUGGUCAUUGUUGGUCUGAACGCUUUACCUGUAAAAUUCUACGGCGAGACGGAAUUCUGGUUUGCGGGUUUGAAGAUCAUUAUGAUGAUUGGUCUUCUCAUUCUGUCUGUUAUACUCUUCUUCGGCGGAGGUCCGAGUAAAGAUCGCCUGGGUUUCAGAUACUGGAAGGAUCCAGGCGCUGCGAACACAUACCUGGCAGAGGGUGAUACCGGUCGCUUCUUGGCUGUGCUUUCAACCCUGGUUCUGUCUGCUUUCCCCUUCGCUUUCGCACCUGAGCUUCUCAUCGCUACUGGAGGCGAGAUGGAGAGUCCGAGACGCAACCUUCCGACUGCUGCGAAGCGGUACAUCUAUCGUCUGGUGAUUUUCUACGUUGGUUCUGUCCUUGCCAUUGGCGUGAUUGUGCCGUCCAACGAGAAGCGUCUCACGAACGGUGGUGCUGGUGCUGGAUCUUCGCCUUUCGUCGUGGCGAUGAAGAAUGCUGGAAUCACUGGUCUCGACUCGGUCGUCAACGCGGGUAUCAUAAUCUCAGCUUGGUCCUCUGGAAACUCAUUCCUGUUCCUAUCAAGUCGAUCACUGUACGCUCUAGCACUGAGCGGCAACGCACCAAGAAUGUUCAAAGCCUGCACAAAGAACGGAGUACCCUACAACGCCGUGAUCGCCAGCUCUCUCUUCUGCGCUCUGGCAUACCUCAACGUCGCAAAUUCCGGCUCCGUCGUCUUCAACUGGUUCGUAAACCUAACCAACACCUCGGGCUUCAUUUCCUGGAUCUGCUGCGGAAUCGUCUACUUACGCUUCCGCAAAGCCUGCAUCGCUCAAGGAAUCACCUACAAAGAUCUCCCCUACCACUCCAGCUUUCAACCCUGGGGCAGCUACGUCGCCAUCGUCGCUUUCAUCUUCCUUACGCUUGUCAAUGGUUUCAACGUCUUCUGGCCGCAGAAUUGGAGCGCCUCGAGCUUUUUGACCGCGUAUGUUGGGAUCCCACUGUUUUUGGUGAUUUAUGCGGGUCAUAGGGUUUAUGCUUGGAGUGAUCCUUGGGCUCAUGCGCCUGAGCUGGUGGAUUUGAGAACGGGGAUGCAGGAGGUGCUUGCGGAGGAGACGGAGGGGAAGGAGUUUAAGGGGUGGCAGAAGAUUAGGCAUAUUUGGGAGUGAGGCGGAUAUCGCUGUUCGAACAAAUUUUCUUAUCUUGAAGCAUAUUUCGUGGUGUGUGGCCGUCGUACAUGCCUAUCUAUAUUGUAGAAGCAGCAGACCGAGCACGGAUUUUUUAGGUGAUGUGAGGCGUGAGUUCACCUUGUUUCUGCUUGUUCAAUCAAAAAUUGUCC